AUGGCCUACCGCAAGAUUGGUGUUUUUGGCGCAACCGGCCACCUAGGCUCAGAAUUAACUCGCGCCUUGGUUGAUGAGGGCUUCGAAGUGGUGCCAUUUUCUCGUCAAAAUACGGUUGUUGCGGGAAUACCUACACAGCCGUUGGGAUCGCUUGUCGGAUUUGAUGUGAUCAUAUCUGCAGUUGGCCACCAGGGGAUGUAUGAGCAGAUACCCCUAAUCGAUCGCGCGAAAAAGGAUGGUGUCAAACGCUUCAUUGCUAGCGAAUUUGGCGUGGAUCAUCGCACCGUUACAUCGCCCUUCUUCGAAGCAAAGAGAGAGAUUGCAAAAUACGUACAGGAAGCUAGCUUUCCCGAUGGGUGGACCGCUGUCGCAUCUGGCUUCCUGGAGUGGACGAUACCUCUCUUUGUCAAAGUCGAUUCUCAAACAUCCUUGAUUACCGUAGCUGGUAGUGGCAAGACACAGUACCCGUUUAUAAUUCGAUACGACAUUGGACGCAUCUUGGCCGAGACGUUCAGAAACCCAUCCAAGUACAAAGAUACUUGGAUAUUUGCUGCUAAUAGUUGGUUGUCUCUAGAUGAGAUUGCGCAAUAUGUCCAGAACGAGUCGCAAUUGGAGCUGAAAAUCCAGCACGAAGAAUUGAAUGAGAAGACACCAGUGCUACAGUUGCUUGAACAAGACGGGCUUCAGAUUUUUGAACGCAGCCAACAGUCGGACUUUGCAAAACAACAAGCAGAUAUAAAGGAGGUCAUAAAAGGUUACUUCAAGCCAUACUUUGAGAAAACGGCUAAUUAA